CCCGGAUCCACCGGAUAACUCUUACCUCACAUCAGUUUUAUACACAACGCUUGACGGUAUAUACAGUCUCACUUCGUCUAAUUAGUACAUUACGUCAUCUACAGACACUUCCGAGAGCGUUUACUUCGUCGAAAUCGGAGCAAUGUCUGCCUCAACAUCCAACAUCAAAUUCGUCGUCUGCAAGCCUCCAACCUGGCCCAAAAUCAAGGGAGCAACCAUCUCCCCCGCCGGCAGCAUCGAAAUGGGAGCUGCUAUCGACUGGCAAACCGACAUUACAGCUGCUCUGCGGCACCUCCCGGUCACGGUUCUCAACCCCCGCCGUGAUAUCUAGGACAAGAGCUGGGAGCAAGACACCUCGAAUCCGCACUUCAAGGAGCAAGUCGAUUGGGAAAUGGACCAUCUUGAGAAAGCGGACAUUAUUGCACUGUUUCUGUAGCCGGGCACAGUGUCUCCGAUCAGUCUGCUCGAGCUGGGUCUACAUGGCGGUGAUGGAAAGUUUGUGGUGUUGUGUCCCUAGGGAUUUUGGAAGAGGGACAAUGUUCAGAUGGUUUGUCAUAGGCGCAAGAUUGUGCUUGUAGGGACGCUGGAAGAGCUGAAGAAGACUAUUCAGCAGAGGCUGGAGAAGGUCAUUGAACAGCGUGAACAGUCGGAAUCGAUUGGCAACCUGGAAAAUAUGCAACCCUCUGGCUAGCUUUCGAGGGGUUAUUUUCCGAUUCUUGAUUGGGAAGAUAGAUGAUCGCUCAACUGUUGGUACUAGAUAGAAAUCAAAUUUCAACCUGAAAAUUUAGGCCCUUUUUGUCAGUCCCAAA